UCUCUUGCUCUCCUACCACCACCACCGUCCUCUGCACCUCUUUUUCACCACUUCAACCUUUUUACUAUCAUCAUGAGCGGCAAAGGAAAAGCUGGCAAGUCCGCCGGAGGCAAGGCUGGUGGCGAGGGCAAGUCCCAGUCGCGCUCGGCCAAGGCUGGUCUCCAGUUCCCCGUCGGUCGUGUCCACCGUCUCUUGAAGAAGGGCAACUACGCCCAGCGUGUCGGUGCUGGUGCCCCAGUCUACCUCGCUGCCGUCCUCGAGUACCUCGCCGCUGAGAUCCUGGAGUUGGCCGGUAACGCCGCGCGUGAUAACAAGAAACAACGUAUCGUGCCCCGUCACUUGCAGCUUGCCAUCCGGAACGACGAGGAGUUGAACAAGCUCCUCGGUGACGUUGUCAUCUCCCAGGGUGGUGUCGUACCAUUCAUCAACCCCGAGCUCCUUCCCAGCAAAACGAGCAAAGGCAAAAAGGAGGGCGCGAGCCAGGAGGUCUAGAUACACAUUUUCUCUUUGUUACUGUAGCGUGUACCAUCAUAAUCCAGAUACCGUCUUGUUUUUCGCUGAUCUAAGAACACUCGCAAGAGGUCCAAGAAACCUCAGGUCCAUGAAAAGGCGCAUCUUCAACUAGCGCCUCGCGAUAAAGGGUCGAGCUGUUUGUUCGUGCGACGCUCGAGGCAGCCGCCUUCCUAUUUCGUAAAGCCUCCGCCCCCUGGAGACAUGUCAAUGCGAAGAUGUCGUGAUUUCUGAUUUGCCAUUCGUCUCGCGGCCCGGACGACCUCCACGUCGCGCACCAUUACCGUAGACACCGACUUCAUAGGCUACAGCCUCAAACGACGAUGGCGCGGUACACUACCCCAUCCUCGACCACGCGCCACGCGUGCACACUCGUCCUGUUCUACCUCACGACCUUCCUCUUCUUCUACAACAUCGAGCGCUCGCUGUUCUACCUCGGGCUCGACGCCAAGGAGCUGCAGGACGAGGCGCUCGGCCGCGUGGGCCUCGUGCGCACCACGGCGCGGGUCGCGGGCGACGGGCGCAGGCCGGCGCCGUGGAGGGAUGGCACGCUCGAGCGGGAGAUGUUUGGAGAGUGGCCGUGGGAGAAGGGGCGGAUUGCGGGGGGUGGUGGGGAGACCAGUGCGGGUACGGGGGCGGGGGCGGGGGCGGGUGCAGGGCGCGGUGGAGGUGUGCAGAGAGGGAGGGAGGGGGAGCUGCAGAGGAGGCGGAAGCGGAGGGGGAGAUGAAGGUGCGAUUUUCAAGAUGUCGGGUGUGGAAGAUAGAUGGGAUGGAUUGUGUGGAUCAUACCCUGAGGAUCUUGAGAGUUAGAGGUCGGCGUUGACGAUGGCAUCUCGUUGCAUGCAACUCUCCGCUGGAGAUUGUCCGACGCACCAUCGUGCGGCGGACAUGGCCUUCAACACAUCGCUGCGAGGGGCAACCCACGAGAUUGCGUUGCAGAACAAGAGAUGCCACCCUACGAUACCUUGCCGCAGGCGAGCGCGAUGUACCAGCAUUGAUACCAGAUGCCUGUGUGUUCUUAUGACCGUGUAACCUCGAUACGUGCCGCAUUGGCGCGCGCCCUGACGAGGGCACGGUCGCGUCACGGUUGCUUCAUGACCAUAUUGUCUCUGCAUAAUGUUGACCUCACCGCAAUUCACC